AUGAAGUUGAACAUUUCCUACCCAACGAACGGUACUCAAAAGACCAUCGAAAUCGAUGAUGAACACCGUAUCCGUGUCUUCUACGACAAGAGAAUCGGCCAAGAAGUCGAAGGUGAUGCCGUUGGUGAUGAAUUCAAGGGUUACGUUUUCAAGAUCUCCGGUGGUAACGACAAACAAGGUUUCCCAAUGAAGCAAGGUGUUUUGUUGCCAACCAGAGUUAAAUUGUUGUUGUCUCAAGGUCACUCCUGUUACAGACCAAGAAGAACUGGUGAAAGAAAGAGAAAGUCUGUCAGAGGUGCCAUCGUUGGUCCAGAUUUGGCUGUUUUGGCUCUUGUCAUCGUCAAGAAGGGUGACGCUGAACUAGAAGGUCUAACUGACAACACUGUUCCAAAGAGAUUGGGUCCAAAGAGAGCUAACCACAUCAGAAAGUUCUUCGGUUUGUCUCAGGAUGACGAUGUCCGUGACUUUGUCAUCAAGAGAGAAGUUACCAAGGGUGAAAAGACCUUCACCAAGUCUCCAAAGAUCCAAAGAUUGGUCACUCCUCAAAGAUUGCAAAGAAAGAGACACCAAAGAGCUUUGAAGGUUAAGAACGCUCAAGCUCAAAGAGAAGCUGCUGCUGAAUACGCUCAGUUGUUGGCUAAGAGACUAGGUGAAAGAAAAGCUGAAAAGGCCGAGAUCAGAAAGAGAAGAGCCUCUUCUUUGAAGGCUUAA